AUGCAUCACGUAUCUUACUUACAUCUAUCUAUCUAUCUAUCUAUCUAUCUUUCUUUCUAUGUAUCUCAGUCUGUUCAUAUCUAUCUAUCUAUCUAUCUAUCUAUCUAUCUAUCAUUUACAUUCUAUUCGUAUCUAUCUAUCUAUCUAUCUAUCUAUCUAUCUGACACCGCUAUCCAUUACUCCACCGUGCCUCUCUCUCUCCUUCUCUCUUCCUUCUCUCUCUAUCUCUCUCUCUUGUUUCUUUCGAUCUAUCUAUCUAUCUAUCUAUCUAUCUGUCAGUAUGUUUCAAUCACAUUCUAUUAUUAUCUAUCUCAGUAUGUUUCUAUCUCUCUCUCUCUGUUACAAUCUAUCCAUCUAUAUCUGUCUGUUUCUAUCUAUCAGUAUGUUUCUCUCUUUCUCUGUAUCUAUCUAUCUAUCUAUCUAUCUAUCUAUCUAUCUAUCUAUCUAUCUACCUAUCAAAUCUAUCUUACUCUUCAUAUCUAUCUAUCUAUCUAUCUAUCUAUCUAUCUAUCUCAGUCUGGUCGUAUCUAUCUAUUUCAAUCUACAAUUUAUCUCUAUCUAUCUAUCUAUCUAUCUAUCUAUCUAUCUAUCUAUCUAUCUAUCUAUCUAUCUAUCUAUCUAUAUUUGUCUGUUUCUAUCUAUCAGUAUGUUUCUAUCUCUCUCUCUCUCUCUCUCUCUCUCUCUCUCUCUAUCUAUCUAUCUAUCUAUCUAUCUAUCAGUAUGUUUCAAUCCCACGCUAUUAUUAUCUAUCUCAGUAUGUUUAUAUCACUCUCUCUCUCUCUGUCUCAAUGUUACUAUCAGUCUCUCUAUCUUUCUGUCUAUAUCUAUCUGUUGCUAUCUAUCAGUAUGUUUCUAUCUCUCUCUCUCUCUUACUAUCUCUGUAUCUAUCUAUCUCAGUAUGUUUCUAUCUCUCUCUCCUUCUUACUAUUUAUCUUAGUUUAUUUCUAUCACUCUCUCUCUCUUAUGAUCUAUCUAUCUAUCUAUCUAUCUAUCUAUCUAUCUAUCUAUCUAUCUAUCUAUCUAUCUCAAUGUAUCUAUCAGUUUGUUUUAUCUAUGUUGAUAUCUAUCUAUCUAUCUAUCUAUCUAUCGCAUUGUUUUUAUGUAUCAAUUUACCUCUCAGUCUGUUUAUAUCUAUAA